UUGAGGGAUUUCGACGGAAAUCCUUUCGGGAGUUCGACGAAAAUCCUUGAGGGAUUCCGACGAGAACCUUUAGGGGUUCCAACGGGAAUUCUUUAGAGGUUCCAAUGUACAUCCUUUAAAGAUUCCAACGGGAUUUCGAUAAUGGUUCCGACAGAAAACCUUGAGAAAUUCCGACGGAAAUCCUUGAGGGAUUCGAACGGAAAGCCUUGAUGGAUCCUUUAUGGAUUUCGAUGAGAAUACUUUAGUAAUUCCUACGGGAAUCGUUUAGUGAUUCCAACGGGAGUUCUUUAGGGAUUCCAACGGAAGUUCCUUUGGGAUUCCAACGGGAGUUCUUUGAGGAUUCCAACGGGAGUUCUUUAGGGAUUCCAACGGGAAUCAUUUAGGGAUUUCGAUAAUGAUUCCGACAGAAAACCUUGAGAAAUUCUGACGGAAAUACUUGAGGGAUUCCAACGGAAGGUCUUGAGGCAGGAACUAAUUACCGGGACGUCGGAGUCCCGAAGAACCGAUGUGAAAUUCAUGCAACCCAUGAUGAGCUGACGAGACCAGCACCGCCAGAGGCGCUAGUGUAUUUUACUCAAAUUAUGACGUCAUGUUUUGGCCUCCGGUUCGGUUUUGUGUUGAUUUAUUUAAUAACGAUUACCGGUGAAUUCGCGAAGAAAAUUGUUUAUUGUUGUUAAAGUUUACGUGUGAUUCGAAAGUUUGGAACGGGCCCGAAACAAUAAGGAAUCCGGUUGCAUUCUGCCACACUGUAUUGGUCUGAGAAAGACUUUGCAAGUGGUGACCUUAUCACACACGCUGCUCGCUAGCUCGGAAGUAACCGGAGAUAAACGGAUAUUGGUCAUCUGUCCCGAGAUCUGUCCGCUACAGUCGACUGUACUUGGGUUAAUGAGCUCCGGAUCUGGAUGAAACUUGUGAAGAAGGGCUAGGGCUUGUUUGCCAUUGCCGGGGCGGACGAUUUUAAGCGUUUUCCAUCGUCGAUCAAAAUCUUGAAACCACUGGCGCCUUCUCGGAAUCUCUCAUCUUGGACCAAACAACCGCUGGACAAACACGCCGUUGUCGCUACCUCACAGCUUUCUCGCCAUUAGCAUUAGCAUUAGCAUUGUUACGGUGUAAUUCGUAGAUUGGACACUAGUGAUACUCAUGUUUUACUUUUGAGAUCCUUAUCUAGAAUGCUAUCAGAAAUCAAGAAGGGGAGUGGUCCUUGAUUCCAGUCUUAAACAAAAAUAACAAAAGCAUGAGGAUUACUACUCCUGGCUGUUAUAUCCUAGCAGCAGUUCUGGCAGCACUUACGCUGUCAACGGCACGAGCCUACCCACUCCUGCCAACAUAAACGAACUUUGAUUUCCGUUACAUACACCGGAGUGAGAGCAUCACAGAGAAAACAAUAAAAAGUUAAUUAUAUUCGCAUCCGCGUGUUCUCGAUGUUUAUUUCGUCAUUCCCAUCCGCCCAAUAUACAACAAUUUGGCGACGAGAAGUUUGAAACUGCGCGUAAUUCGGUGAAGCUGCGUUUAAUUCGUAAGUGGUUUUCGGAUUAUUUUGGUGUCUGUACGGUUUUCGGCCGACUUUUUUCUGCAUCAUGGCGAAUCCAUCUGCUGCUGCGGCCGGCGGUGCUACGGGUCUUCCUGUCGGUAGUUCAACGAGUCAUCCCGUCGGUGGCGUUGCUACCAUGCCGGCUACGUUUUCGUUUGAGCCAUUCAACCCUGCUACAUUGAAAUUCGACCGAUGGUUGGAGAGGCUGGAAAUUUCUUUUCGGAUUUACCAUGUUCAGGCAACCGACAGACGCGAUUACCUACUCCACUACAUGGGCGGUGCCACAUACGACGUACUUUGUAAUAAGCUGAAAAGGGCCGCACCACACACCAAAACCUACGGCGAAAUCGUAACACUUCUGAAGGAUCAUUUCAGCCCGGAUCCUCUAGAAAUUCUGGAAAAUUUCAAGUUCGCCAGUCGCAAGCAACUAGAUCACGAGUCUUUGAGUGACUAUUUGAUGGAUUUGGAGAAGCUCGCUCAAACGUGCAACUUCGAGGAUCAUCUGGACAAAGCCCUGAGGAACCAAUUCGUCUUUGGCAUCCGGAAUCGUGUGAUACAGUCGCGGUUACUGGAAGUUCGCAACUUAACCCUGGCGAAGGCGAAAGAAAUUGCGUUUGGCAUGGAAAUGUCUCAUCGUGGAACCGACGAGAUGCAUGGAUCCCGAUCAAAGAACGAGGUGCAGCACAUAGAACAUGGAUCCAAGAAAGCGAGAAAGAAGAAUGCGUUCCAGCCGGCUAGUCAAAUUAGUUCGAAUAGAAGUUCCAUCCAGACCGGCAAACGAGACGGACAGAAGAAGCACUGUUACCGCUGCGGAGAUGCUGAACAUUUCGCGGACAAAUGCAAGCAUAAGGCCACUGUCUGCAACCACUGCAAGAAGAAGGGGCAUCUGGAGAAGGUGUGCCAGUCAAAGCUCAAGGAGAAGAGGGGCACCGAUGGCGCACACCACUUGGAAGAACCUUGCGUUAUUAAGGACGUAUUCCAUCUACAUGCGGUUCGAGGUCUUGCUGGUAAGUUUCUUUUGGAUUUGACGAUCAAUCACAAAGAGUUAACAUUCGAAGUUGACACCGGCUCUCCUGUAUCCCUUAUCAAUGUACGAGACAAACGACAAUACUUUUACGACUUGAAAAUCCUUCCUACAACUACACGGCUAGUAAGCUACUGCGAUAAUGAUAUCGGUGUACUCGGUAAGAUUAUGGUUAAAGUUGUUGCAAAUGGUGAGGAGCUUACGUUGCCCCUGCACAUUGCGGAAUCCAGCAGGCACCCCUUGCUGGGCCGCGAUUGGUUGCUCGCAUUGAAGUUGGAUUUCAAUCGCGUUUUUAGACCCGGUACACAUUCGGUUUCCUAUUGUGGCGGCAAUGAUCAAUCCACCGCCACUGCGUUAAAUGAUUUGCUCAAUAAAUUUUCAUAUGUUUUCGAAGGACGUGUAGGUAAAAUUGAGGGGAUUCAAGCUUCGCUGACGGUUCGAAAAGAUUCAAGGCCAGUUUACGUGAAGGCCAGAGCAGUACCAUUUGCAGUGCGCGACGCAGUCGAUAAGGAGAUCGACGCGUUUGUCAGUGAGGGCAUCUGGGAAAGGGUGGAUCAUGCGGAGUGGGCCACUCCUGUCGUUCCAGUAAAAAAGUCUGGGGGUAGAGUACGGUUGUGCGGAGAUUAUAAAAUCACUUUGAACCCGCAUCUGCUAGUCGAUGACCAUCCGCUUCCCACUGCUGAAGAACUGUUUGCUACCGUUGCAGGAGGAGAGACGUUCUCUAAGUUAGACUUGUCUCAGGCUUAUUUGCAACUGGAGGUUCGCCCAGAGGACAGGGAUUUGCUGACGUUGAGCACUCAUAGAGGCCUGUUCCGCCCUACGAGGCUCAUGUAUGGUGUCGCUUCCGCCCCAGCUAUUUUUCAGCGGUUAAUGGAGGAAAUACUUCAGGGUAUCCCUGGGGUUACCGUCUUCAUCGACGACAUUCGCGUUACCGGUCCUGAUAAUCAAACGCACUUGCGUAGACUAGAAGAAGUAUUUAGAAGGCUAAGUAAAUACAAUCUACGCGUUAAUAGGGAGAAGUGCGAAUUUUUCUCAAAUCGUAUCGAUUAUUGCGGUUACAUGGUAGAUAAAGCUGGGAUACACAAGCUUCGCGAUAAGAUCGACGCCAUUCAGAACAUGCCGGUUCCUAAAAACAAGGAUCAAGUUCGAUCCUUCGUAGGACUUAUCACUUACUACGGUCGUUUUUUCCCCAACCUAAGUACGAUUCUUUACCCACUUAAUAACUUACUAAAGAACGAGGUUCCUUUUGUCUGGAACCAGGAGUGCGAGAAAUCAUUUGCAUUGGUUAAAAAGGAAAUGCAGUCAGACAGGUUCCUAGUCCACUACGAUCCGUCGCUUCCGGUGAUUUUAGCUACUGAUGCCUCACCCUACGGUGUAGGCGCGGUACUCAGUCAUCAGUACCCUGAUGGAACUGAGCGGCCAUUACAGUACGCUUCACAGACUUUAUCUAGAACGCAGCAGAAGUAUUCCCAGAUAGACAAAGAGGCAUAUUCGAUCAUUUUUGGUAUUCGCAAGUUCCACCAAUACUUAUAUGGUCGUAAGUUUACCCUUAUUACUGAUAACAAACCUAUCAGUCAGAUAUUCUCGGAAUCCAAAGGUCUUCCUACAAUGUCUGCGAUGCGGAUGCAGCAUUAUGCCGCAUUUUUGCAAGCUUUCGACUAUAAAAUCCGUCAUCGUCGAUCUUCAGAUCAUUUCAAUGCGGAUGCCAUGUCUCGCUUACCAAUAUCGUUCACUGACUCCGAGUCAGAAAUCGAGGAACCAGAUGCUGUUGAGAUUAAUGCUAUACACACGCUACCACUUACAGUAGAUGAGUUGAGCACAUCCACUCUGUCAGACGACAGUGUUCGCGAAUUACUACGAGCUCUUAGAACAGGUAAAGCAGUUGACGGUAAAUUUAGAUUCGGUGUAGAUCAAGAGCAGUUCAGUUUACAGAAAGAUUGCAUAAUGCGUGGUUGUCGUGUAUAUAUACCACCUUCGUUGAGAAUGAAGGUUCUUCACGAACUUCAUUCAACGCAUUUCGGUAUGUCCAGGAUCAAAUCACUCGCUCGUAGUUACUGCUGGUGGGAAGGAAUAGAUAAGGAUAUAGAAGGUCUAAUUAGGGACUGUGCUUCUUGUCAGGCUGUUAAGGCUAAUCCACCGAAGGUUUCUUUCCACUGUUGGGAAACGCCCAGUGAACCAUUUCAGCGUAUCCAUGCGGACUACGCUGGCCCUUUCAUGGGUUUUUACUAUCUGAUACUCAUUGAUGCGUUUUCAAAGUGGCCUAUGGUAUAUGUAGUCAAAAACAUGACAACCGAAACUACAAUCCACAAAUGCAGAGAAUUCUUCAGUACUUAUGGUCUACCGUCAGUUUUUGUGAGUGACAAUGGGCCUCAGUUCACCUCAGCUGACUUCGCCACAUUUUUGGAACUAAACGGUAUUGUCCACAAAUUCAGCGCUCCGUAUCAUCCUGCCACAAACGGCCAGGCCGAGAGGUUCAUACAGACAAUGAAAUUGAAAUUGAAAUCUUUAAAUUGCAACCGUUCCGAAGUACAAAGUGAAAUUUGCAAUAUUCUCUUAGCGUAUCGCAAAAUGAUUCACCCGGCUACUGGCUAUUCUCCGUCUAUGUUAGUUUUUGGUCGCCAGAUCCGCUCACGGCUAGAUCUAAUGAUUCCUUCAAUCGAUCCGAACAGAAGCGAAGUUCAGUCUAAAGUUAGAGAACUAACGAUGGGUGCCAAAGUGGCGAUUCGAGACUACGUCCACGAAAACAAAUUGGAAUUCGGGUUUGUUAAAGAACGUCUUGGUAAGUUACAUUACAUGGUACAACUUAAGGAUGGACGGGUCUGGAAGCGUCAUAUAGACCAACUGCGUAGCGUUGGUGCAGGGUUAACGGGUUCCCCAACAAACGUGACUUCUUCACGCGGCGAAGAGAUCGGUUGUCAAUUUUUCUACGACAACGCUAUCGCAGUAACUUCAAAUAUGCCCCCGACUUCGACAACGGAAGAAAACAUCAAUACUUCCGCGGACUUAUCCCUUCCUUCUAAUCCGACUGUUUCCGUUCCUUCAUCGGGAAUGCCAACGCCAAUUUCGAAUGAAACAGCCAAAGCUGGUGGAUCUGCGAAUCCAAUGAGCUUGCCAGCAGAUCAAGGAUUGCGACGAUCGCAGCGAACGAUCAAACCACCGCGGAGACUCGACUUGUAA